GCUUAGAGCACCACACACACACACACACACACACACACACACACGUGUCACCAGUCCACCUACUGUCCACCAUGUGUCCUGGAGAACCCCAUGCUAAACUCAACAUAAAAACUAAAUCUGACAUCAGCAUGUGCCACAAUCUCACCAUAAUAAGAUCCACAAUAAACCCUUUUAAAAAAAAUCUCUGGACGUUACAUGUAACCAGAAAAGAAAUGCAGGUGAAAUAGUGGAGCGGCACGUGAUGACAAUAAGAAAACAUGUCACUCAGUCUGCUCGAAAUCUUAAAUGAAGUCUUAUGCUACGUUCAGACAUAUGACGACUCGCAAUGGCAAAGCCAUCUAAGACUGGAGCUAUUCAAUAAGAGCAUCGACUAGAUGUGGGAGUCACAUAUAUGGGAGUGAAGACAGUAGUGAGCACACAGAUGGCUGAAUUUUAUAACACAGAUACCAAAUCUCCCUCUACAAUGUUUCGAUUUAGUGGCAAGACUUGGAACGUUAGUCUCAUCACCCACUGAUGAGUUAUUACUAUGGCAACCGCCUACAUAGAAUCACGGUGUGUGAACCUAGCUUUAGCAAAACGUCUUCCAAAGCGGAUAUUCUGCAGGAAUAUAUGUACUGACCAGUCAGAGGAUAUCAUCCUUUCUUUAUUCUCUAUUCUCUUUCUUUCUAACAUCAUCAAUGAUCAUGUUAGAUUCUGAAUUUGGGGAAAUCUGGGGGGGAAAGGGAGAUGAUGGUACAAGUUGUGUGUAACAAAGUACUGAAGCCAUACAAUAAAGACAAAAGUGGAUCAUGAUAGCAAGCGGCAUGGCAGAAACGGGAGAAAGCAAGAAGGAGGACGCAGACUACAAGCGGCUGCACAGUUUCCCUCUGAUUAGACACACAGACAUGCCGGAGGAAAUGAAGGCGGAGACGAUGGAGCUGUGUGUUACAGCGUGUGAAAAGUUUGCAUCUAACAAUGAGAACGCAGCCAGGAUGAUAAAGGAGUCGAUGGACAAGAAAUUCGGCAGCUCGUGGCAUGUGGUGAUCGGCGAGGGCUUCGGCUUCGAGAUUACGCACGAGGUGAAGAACCUUCUGUACAUGUUUUUUGGUGGAAGUCUGGCUGUGUGCGUGUGGAAGUGCUCCUAACACUCGUCACAUGAAUGCACAAACCCUUUGUCAAGCACAAACCAACGGCUGGAAAAAAAAGGCCCAGAUUACCCCCCACCCCCCACCCCCCCACACGCACAAAUCCCUCAGCGAUGAAGUCUAUCAAGAAAAAUGUGACAUUUCACGUUUUUCUAUUUCUUCGACGACUCUCACUCUCUGUGUGCUGCCAGACCAUCUGGGUGUUUGGUGCUGUUUCUGCGCUCUGUCUCUCUCUCUCUCUCUCUCUCUCUCUCUCUCUCUCUCCACAUUCUACACCUCCUCUCCAACUGUCCUCCUCAGCCUGUUCUUUGAUACCUGAUGUUCAGGAAAUGUAUUUUUAUAUAAUAAUACAAAGAAAUCUAUUUUUUCUAGACUUAGGCUGUGAAUAUAAUAUGUACAUAGUUUCUAAAAUGUCAUCAAUUUUUGCACAAUUUGUGACUGUUUCAACUUUUAUUGUGGAAUAAAAAAAAAAACUUUAUUGA